CCUCUACGCCGCCCUGACUCCUCUGAUGAUCGCUAUGUGAUGACCAAACAUGCCGCUAUAUAUCCAACAGAGGAGGAACUUCAAGCAGUCCAAAAAAUUGUUUCUAUUACUGAGCGUGCUUUGAAACUUGUUUCUGACAACAUGACUGAGCAUGAAAAAAGCAAGAACAAAGAGGGAGAUGACAAAAAAGAUGGAAGUAAAGACAGAGCUUUGAAAGGAGUUUUACGGGUAGGCGUUUUGGCUAAAGGUUUGCUUCUCCGUGGAGACCGAAAUGUCAAUCUUGUUUUGUUAUGUGCUGAGAAGCCUUCAAAAACAUUACUUGGUCGUAUUGCUGAAAGUCUUCCCAAACAACUUGCAGUAAUAAGUCCUGAGAAAUAUGAUAUCAAGUGUGCAGUCGCAGAAGCAGCAAUAAUUUUAAAUUCAUGUGUGGAACCCAAAAUGCAAGUUACUAUCACACUGACAUCUCCAGUCAUUCGGGAGGAGAACAUGAGGGAUGGAGAUGUAACCUCGGGUAUGGUGAAAGACCCACCGGACGUCUUGGACAGGCAAAAAUGCCUUGACGCUCUGGCUGCUCUACGCCACGCUAAGUGGUUCCAGGCUAGAGCUAAUGGUCUGCAGUCCUGUGUGAUUUUCAUACGUAUCCUUCGUGACCUUUGUCAGCGGGUUCCAACUUGGUCUGAUUUUCCAAGCUGGGCUAUGGAAUUACUUGUGGAAAAAGCAAUUAGCAGCGCUACUGGACCACAGAGUCCUGGGGAUGCGCUAAGAAGAGUUUUUGAGUGUAUAUCUUCAGGAAUCAUCCUUAAAGGUGGUCCUGGUCUUCUGGACCCUUGUGAAAAAGAUCCUUUUGAUACACUUGCUGUAAUGACAGAUCAGCAGCGAGAGGAUAUUACUUCGAGUGCACAGUUUGCACUGAGGCUCCUUGCAUUCCGUCAAAUACACAAAGUUUUAGGAAUGGAUCCGUUACCACAGAUGAAUCAACGCUUCAACAUCCAUAAUAAUCGUAAAAGGAGAAGGGACAGUGAUGGGGUUGAUGGAUUUGAAGCAGAGGGAAAAAAAGACAAAAAAGAUUAUGAUAACUUUUAAAAAUGUUUGUCAUCAGUGCUAAGAUCAAAGGUGAUAAAAAAUCCAUUUGUUGCCUUGCUUUUACUUCAUUCAUAAUAAUGUCUGUUUAAAACAUCCAAAACCAACUUGGGAAUUAGAUUUGGAAGAGAACAACCUAGCUCUUCUGGAAGAUUCUGAAUAUUUUAAUGGAUGUACUGUACCAGACAAAUUAUGGAUGGAAAGACUGCAAAUGGAAACUCUAUUGUCAAAUGAAAAAAUAGUUUUCCCUUAUUGCAUUUUCUUUAAAUGUGUUGCUAACUUUAGUAACUUUUCUUCUUUUUUUUGGUCUUUUUUAUUAACAAGUGUGUUGUUGUCUUAUCUUGACUGUAUUUAAUACAGCAUUUGUGCUUCUGUUGCUAUGUGUAUUUUGACUUUUUAUUUAGAAGUUUUUUUGUUUGCCUUUGACACUAGUUGUAUAAGUUACUUUGUGUUAGAUA